CGGCGGGCGCGGAGCUCUCGGGCCUUGGCAGCCGCGUUGCCCGGGAGCGUCAUGGCCGCGGCCGCGUGGAUGCCCACGGUUUCUCGAUUGCUAGGUGCUUUCAAAAGCCAAAAAAAGGUGACCAGAAGUUUUGGUAAUGCUGUACAAACAGUAACUUUAAUCCCAGGAGAUGGCAUAGGACCCGAGAUUUCUGCUGCUGUCAUGAAGAUCUUUGAUGCUGCCAAAGCACCUAUUCAGUGGGAAGAGAGGAAUGUUACGGCUAUCCAAGGACCAGGAGGAAAGUGGAUGAUACCCCCAGAAGCCAAAGAAUCCAUGGAUAAAAACAAAAUGGGAUUAAAAGGGCCUCUGAAGACCCCAAUCGCUGCAGGGCACCCAUCCAUGAAUCUGCUGCUGCGUAAAACCUUCGACCUCUACGCCAACGUGCGUCCGUGCGUGUCCAUCGAGGGCUACAAGACGCCCUACACGGACGUGAACAUCGUCACCAUCCGCGAGAACACCGAGGGCGAGUACAGCGGCAUCGAGCACGUGAUUGUUGAUGGGGUUGUGCAGAGCAUCAAGCUGAUCACAGAGGAAGCCAGCAAGCGCAUUGCAGAGUUUGCUUUUGAGUAUGCCAGAAACAAUCAGAGAAGCCACGUGACUGCUGUGCACAAGGCAAAUAUCAUGAGAAUGUCUGAUGGGCUUUUCUUGAGAAAAUGCAGGGAGGCAGCAGAAAACUGUAAAGAUAUUAAAUUUAAUGAAAUGUAUCUGGAUACUGUAUGUCUGAAUAUGGUUCAAGAUCCAUCUCAAUUUGAUGUGCUUGUUAUGCCAAACUUGUACGGUGACAUCCUCAGUGACUUGUGUGCUGGACUCAUUGGGGGUCUUGGAGUAACACCCAGCGGAAACAUUGGUGCCAACGGCGUGGCCAUUUUUGAAUCCGUCCAUGGAACGGCACCAGACAUUGCAGGAAAAGACAUGGCAAAUCCAACUGCCCUCCUUCUGAGUGCUGUGAUGAUGCUGCGCCACAUGGGAAUGCACAAACAUGCCUCCAAGAUUGAGUCAGCUUGCUUCGAUACAAUUAAAGAUGGAAAGGUCUUGACAAAAGACUUGGGAGGCAAUGCCAAGUGCUCGGAAUUCACAGAUGAGAUCUGCCGCCGAGUACAGGACAAAGACUAAACCUCCUGCUGCUGCUGAGGACUCUGGAAGGACAUGUCACAGAGUACAAAUAUAUGUAACCUGAUAUCCACAUGCAUAGAGUUUGCUUAUCUCUUGAGAGCAAACUUUUUAGCUGAGGCCUCUCCAUUAAUAAAUCUAGUCCAAAUGGCUACAAA